CGAGGGACCGUGGUGUACGGCAGAGUAGGAUUUUCGCCCUAUCGGCCAUUUACCGCCAUCGUGGACGACGCAGAGAGCAAUGCGCUUGUAAUACUAGUACGAAAGAGAUAAAUCCGACUCGCAAAAUUGCAUUCGUAUUCAUUGACCGCGAUACGCGAUCCGCGCGAGUCCGUAAGUAGUUACAGGCCGAGUCGAGGCCGCCGCCGCCGCCGUCGUUGAGUAACGCCCAGGGGAGGAAGCAGCUCUAGGAAAGAAGAGAGCGAAAGAGAAGGCAAGAGGUGUAGAGAGAAUUGACGACAGCUUCCGUGUCAAAAUGCCACCACUCAAAGGAGAAACAAAUCCCCCUAAACCGGAAGAAGAAAAACCAUCGAACGUUGAUGCAAACGUGUCCGAUAUAUCUUUUCCUGAUGGUUAUGACACAAGCUCUCAAGAAAAUGAUGUUAUAAUUACAACUAAACCUACACAGAAGGCCAUCGACGAACUUAAAACGAUAACGAAUACUUUCGUAGAAGAAACAGGAAUACCAUCAUGGGGUCUUGUUGCUAUUUUAAUAGGAGUAGGCAUAAUUGUUCUCGGAAUCUGCUUUUGCUGUAUACGAAGAUGCUGCCGCAAACGACGUUCAAAAGAUGGCAAGAAGGGAUUAAAGGGCGCGGUGGACUUAAAAUCCGUGCAGCUUUUGGGAAGUACGUACAAAGACAAGGUCCAGCCGGAUAUGGAAGAAUUGACAGAUAAUGCCGAAGAACCAGAUGAAGCUGAGAGUAAACAAAGCGAAGUGAAGCUUGGAAAACUACAAUAUAAGCUCGAAUACGAUUUUAAUUCAAACAGUCUAUCUGUGACGGUAAUACAAGCGGAAGAAUUGCCUGCAUUAGACAUGGGUGGCACAUCAGAUCCAUAUGUAAAAGUAUAUUUAUUACCAGAUAAAAAGAAAAAGUUUGAGACAAAAGUUCAUAGAAAGACAUUGAAUCCAGUCUUUAAUGAAACUUUUACAUUUAAGGGUGUUCCUUAUGCCGAUGCUAUGAAUAAAACUCUAGUUUUCGCUAUCUUCGAUUUUGACAGAUUUUCGAAACACGAUCAAAUCGGUGAAGUAAAAGUACCGCUCUGUCAAAUAGAUCUAGCGCAAACGAUUGAAGAAUGGAGAGAACUGCAAAGUGUAGAAGGUGAAGGUGGACAGGAUAAUAAACUGGGUGACAUAUGCUUCUCAUUGAGAUACGUACCGACGGCUGGAAAGCUUACUGUGGUUAUUUUGGAAGCUAAGAAUCUAAAGAAAAUGGAUGUUGGUGGCCUCUCAGAUCCUUAUGUUAAAAUUGCGUUGAUGCAGAAUGGAAAGAGGUUGAAGAAGAAGAAAACGUCGAUCAAGAAAUGCACUCUUAAUCCAUAUUACAACGAAUCAUUCACUUUCGAGGUACCUUUUGAACAGAUACAGAAAGUACAACUCGUGGUUACCGUAGUGGAUUACGAUCGUAUUGGCACAUCAGAACCGAUCGGGAAGGUAGUCUUGGGAUACAAUGCGAGUGGAACGGAAUUAAGACACUGGUCCGAUAUGUUGGCGUCUCCCAGGCGCCCGAUCGCGCAGUGGCACACAUUGAAAGAUCCUGAAGAUGGAGAUAAGAAGGAUUAAGAACAUUGAUUUUCCAAUUAAGAUAUAUACGGAUAAUUGAUCGAGAAAAGAGAAACGAAGAAGUGAUAGAAAGAAAGAAAAGAGGAGAAAGAAAAAAUCUAUAGGAAAAGAUUAAACAAAUCCAUAUUUAAUAGAUAUUAAUAAUCUAUGAUAAACGAUAAAAAUACCAAUACCAUGAAGGAGAGAUUUAACAUUAAAAUAAUAUGUUCUCACAAGGAGAAUGUAGUGUCUUGUAUAUAUACAUAUAUCUAAAAUACUUCUCUCUGUAGGUGUUAAAUGAUUUCAAUUAACGCAUCCUUUUUGAAAUAGAGCAAGGAAAAUGUUAAAGAUUAAAAAAAAUGCUUCAAAAAAAUAUCUAUAUCAUUAUCUCUUAGAUAGGCUUCCAUCUUGAUUCGUUCAUUUGAUUCGUUCACAAAUUUUCGUAAUAUACUUUUUAAAUACAUUAUUCAUGUUACGAAUAUAUAUAUAUAUAUGUAUGUAUGUAUAUGUAUAUGUAUACACACACAUACAUACACACACACACACACACACAUAUAUAUAUAUAUAUCAGUUGUAUCGUCCGUAAAAAUAGCGGCAUAAUCUUCUUCCAAGGGAAGAAACAUAUAGCGAUGAUGGUGCGAACAUUACAGUUAUGAAUAAUAAUAUACCCCAAAGAGUGACUCAAGAAUCAGCCCGAAAUCCGCCUAUUUGGGCGCCCCCGAAAUUAGACUUCAAUUUGAUGAUAAAAGUUAGUUCGUGACAAGACAUGAACUCCCUGAAAGUUUCAGAUUGAUCCGACUUCUAAUCGUUGAGAUAUGAGAGUUUAAUUAAUUCGUGCUGACUGUGGAUAAACUGUUAUUUAUUUCAAUAUUCGACAAAUUUUAAACUGCUUUUAAUUUUUAAUUUCAAGUUAUUUUUUCAACCUGACUCAGAUAUGACUACGUCCACCUCGUUGUUCCUAAGUAAUGCUAAAAGUAGGGAUGACUUUCUUUUUUUCUUAAUUCAUUCGGUUGAAAGCCAAGAAGACUCGAUGAUAUUUUAAAAUCCAAAAGUAAUGAAGUGAUUCUAUUAUCACAUUCCAAUUCAACAUUGAAAAAUUCUAUAGCAAAAGAUAACUUACACUGAUGCAGCGAUAAAGUUGAACGUUUCUCGAAUAUUAAAAUAAAAAAUAGUCUAUUUACAGUAAAUACAAAUUAGCAGUUUAAUUUCUUAUAUUUUAGAGAUGAAAAGUCGGAUCAACAUGAAACUUCUAGAGAUUCAAUGUCUUAUCAUAAACUAACAGUUAACUUUAAAUUUAAAUUCGAUGUCAAGGACGCCCAAACAGGCGGAUGUUUGAGUUACUCUUUGUAAAAGAUCUUACAUAUGGAAUUGUAAUCUGUAAAUUAAAGAACUCAAUAAAAAGGAAAAAUAAUAACAAAACUACAAAAUUGCAAAAUGGUAUUUAUAAUACUGAAAAAGCUAUUUAUAAAAUUGAAAAAGCUCAAUAUAAAAUUACAAUAUUUUUUUCAUAAAAGCAUCUUUUACACUUUUGUAGAAAAAUAAUUUUAUAUAUGCUUGAUAUGUUUAAUUUACGUAUAUAUUUUUGCCUCUCACGCCGUUUUUCCUUUUACCGAGUCCUUUAGUGAGACAUUGAUGUGGACCGUCGUUCAUAUCACUUUUUCUUGUUAUUUAUAUGUUUAUUUUGAAUUUUGGUCUCUAAAAAAUCGAAAUUGCAUCGCGCACUGAACUCUCCCAUGCACUUGAAAGAUUAAAGCGCGGGUUGAUGAAUAUGUGCAUAAACGUAGUGUUAGAAACAGUGAACGUUUUUCCGUAUUAAUAUUCGAUCGAGUGCAACGGCGCGCAAUGUAUGCAACGCGUUGUGCAACACGCGAGAAAUAAUGCUUCAAUCUGCGAUGUAUUUUCGUGUACUAUAGUUAAGCACAGAUUAUGCACCAUUUGUACGGAAAAUUCACGAUGUAUUAAGAUGAAACAAAUAUAACCUGACCACGCGAGGCGAAUUAUCGCUCGAUUUAAGUAUAUUAGACACUGAUUCGGAGCACUUAGAUCCAGUUACUCGCGAAAAUGACUUCCUACAAUUAAAUAAAAAGACACGAAUUUGUAAUUUGACGAUAUUUUACAUGUAGUAAGUACGUACAGUAACAUACAUGAAUAGAGAGUCUGUGAAUUUAUUAUAUAAAGCUAUAUAUAAAAUCUAUAUUCUAUUGUUAUAUUCUUUUCAUUAUCACGUUACAUUAAAUUGCGUAUAAAAAAUUGUAUUAUUUGUUAUUAUUUUAUUUGCGGGUGUUAUGAUUAUAUUUUGUUACAUAAAGCAUUUUUUUAAAUAUACGCAUGUGACUUUGAUGGACUUAUUAUUGUUAAAUGUUAAAUGUAGAUAUAAGAUAAUUUGUUGACAGUUUUUAUCGCAGACAUGUUGAUUGUCAUAUUUAUGAGUCUUUCUAGUUUAGAUUAUAUAGACAAACGCGAAACGCUUUGAUCAAUGAACCAUACUCAAACAAAACCAUCAAUUUUCGAAGAAGAAGUCGCAUAUCGCGCUCGACGUAAGCGAGCAUUAGCUUUUUACGUGUAACAAUGCAAUUUUCUACUCACUGUCACCCAUUAUACGUAUACACACAACAUAUACGUAAUAUACAUGAUAUCGGGAAUUAUAGCUGCUGUGAAUUAUAUUGCUAUCGUGUUAACCAUAAAUCACAAACAGGCCUAUUCCUUUUGUGUUAAUGAUCCGUUAGUUAACAGUAUCGCAGAAUUAAAAUAACAAACAAAAUUUAUGCCAAUAUUAUUGGAUGCUUCCAAAGAAUAUGUUUAUGUAAAAAGAUAUGAUUAAUAUAAAAUAUGGAAAAAA